UUAUCACUUCGCAGUCGUACGCCCGCCCAGUAUACGUCCGAGUGCGAGCACGUCGUCCGGUCUCUUCGGUCUCGGGACUGAACGCGAUCGGUGUUAGCACGCGCGCGCUUGUAGAUUAGGCUAAAUGUUAUCACGUCUCAUGUUUAUAGUUAUAAUAUUAUAUAUACAUCAUUACAAUAAUUAUUAUUGAAGCGCAUGUCGUGCGCGCACAAUUACCGGGUGUCAAACGUACAUAAUAUUAUUAAUAAGUGUGAUAACUUUUACAAUAUUCGCUUCAAAGUCGUAAACGAUAUUAUACWACAACAUUGYUAUAAUAUUAUCGCUCAUUAUCCAUAUUACACUGCUAUUAAAUUAUAUUACAGUGUUGUGUGUUGUGUGCCGCAUGGACCGGUGGAUCCGUUGAUCGACACCGCCGCCACCGUCGCCACCGUCGACCACCUGUGGCGCGCGCGCGAUCUUCUUCAGGUCGGGUCGGGUCCAGCUCGUCCGUGGAUUCGGUGUGUGCAGCUGCUGUUGUUGCAGGGUCUCCGURCAGUGCUGCUGCCGUUGCCGCUGCUCAUCGCCCGUCAUCCGCCGUCACCGUAUUCAUGAUAUUAUAAUAUUAUUACAUUAUAUUAUAAUCGUAUAUAUUAUAAUAACAGUAUAAUAACAUAUAUACGCACGUUACAACUGGCGAUUGUCGUCGUUCACGAUGAGAGCCACCGUUUCACUAUGGUUUCUGGUGUUCGCCGGGUUCGCGUGCAACUACAUGAUACGCAUCAAUCUCAACAUCGCCAUAGUCGACAUGACCACGGCGAAGAGCCGAGGUCGGAGUGUACUGAUGUGUGGCAAUUCCACAGACGGUUUGAAUUUGUCCGCCGAAAAAGAUUUCGUUGUCAAAAAAAAAGAUUUCGAGUGGAAUGACAGUGAACGGGCCAGYGUWCUUGGAUCGUUUUAUUGGUUGCACUGGGCGUUACAGUUACCGGGAGGGUUGCUCGCGCGACAGUUCGGCGCUAAACGCAUAUUUGGCCUCAGCAAUUUGUUCAUGUUCGUCAUGUCUCUGUUGAUGCCAGUCCUCGCCCAAUGGGACAUAAAAGGACUCAUCAUAGCUCGAACGUUACAAGGGUUCAUCGGAGGUAUGGCGUGGCCGUCGGUACAUCAUCUAACCGCACAUUGGGUACCACCGAACAAGAGGAGCAAAUUCAUUACAGCAUAUUUUGGUCAUUAGUUAAAAUUAAUAUUUUAUUUUCCCAACACUUUACUAUAAUAUUAAGCCCACUAUAACGUUUACAAAAGUUAAAAGUAUA